CGGCCCUUCCGGGGAACCUGCGCCGCCGGGGCCCCGCAGCAGGAGGGCUCCCGGGAGGAGGGGCCUCGCCGAUGCCCACCCCCGGCCCCUCCCACCGCCACCAGCCCCGCUGCCAGCCGUUGCCGAUGUGAUGAGUAACACGACGGCCCCUAGUGCCCCCAGGGCCAACAGCGACUCCCUGGUGGGCUACGUGCUGGGACCCUUCAUCCUCAUCACCCUCAUGGGGGUCGUCCUGGCUGUGAUGAUGUAUAUCCGGAAGAAGAAGCGAGUGGACCGGCUGCGACACCACCUGCUGCCCCUGUACAGCUACGACCCGACCGAGGAGCUGCAGGAGGCCGAGCAGGAGCUACUGGGCGACGUGGGGGACCCCAGGGUGGUGCACGGCUGGCGCAGCAGCUACCAACACAAGCGGGUGCCCCUGUUGGACGUGAAGACCUGAGCGCGGGCCUCCCUCCCUACACUCCUGCAACCAGAACGGAUGGAGCCCGGGGAGCGGGGGGUGGCCCCGGGACCCAGAGGCGCCGGCCCCCCGCCUGCCCACCGCCGGGCACUUUGCACUUCGUCUCCCAGCCUCCCCUCUGGCCCCCUCCUGCGCCCCGCAAGUGGGAGCGACUCUGCGCGCCCCACUGAUCCCUCUCUUCUGGCCCAUCCCCCUGCCCGGUUCCAGCUAGGCUUCUGACCGGGGGCCACCCUUCAAGUAGACCUAUGACCACUCCUCAGACGCCUCCUCGGUGCCGGGCCCUGCCCGAGGAGGUUGCCUCCCUCCCAGGAGGGGGUGGGGCCCUGGGCCCCAGUCGCUGCGACCUGGCUGGGCCCCGUGUACAUUGGUCCGUAUAAUAUAGUUUGUAAAUAAAAUGUUUUGUGGAGAGGAACGUGG